CGUUCAGGAAACAAAAUGUGAAACGUUUUUCUCACCUCAGUGGUUUUUCUUGGCGAGCAAUAGUAGAUAGGGUAAACUUGUGUUUAUUAUAUAAUGAGCUCAAUAACGAAGAGUAAAUCUCAUGUUUCGUCACUGAUGUCAGCGAUAAAUCCACUUGCAAACCCAAGAGGAGCGAAAAAGCAAUGUGAGCUUUGUCAAAACCCUGCGUACCUGCAAUGCAACAGACCGACUGUAAUUGAUCUACGCAUGACAUGCCAGGCAUACAGUGACACGGAGCACCAGCAGGCUGACUGGGUAGGGAUCCAUGAGAAGGUCUGCCAGCUGCUCAUCCCCAUCCGCACUGCAACGCUCUUCCACAGCCUGCAGGCGGACAGAGACCACCACUGCGCCCAGAUACUGCACAGACAAGAGGAGCUGAUUGAGAUCUCCAGGGCUGUGGCUCAGAAGAAGCUGUUUGAGGGGAAGUACCAGGAGUCACUGCCUGCCGCCCAGCUCUCCCUGCGCUGUGCAAUGGACGUCUACGGUUCCAGUGCUGUCCAGCUGGUCCCUGCAUACCUCCUGCUGGCCGAGGCCAACGUGGGUCUGGGCAGUCUGGCCCAGGCAGAGGAGUACCUGUCUCAGGCUGAGUGGACGGUGAUGAAGACGCCUGAGUGUAGCCAGACCGUCCGCCACCAGCUGCACCGCAACCUGGGUCGCCUGUACACCGCCACAGAAAACCUGGAGGGAGCGCUGUUGCACUUUGCCAACGAUGUGUACUAUGCCAGUGAGGAGUAUGGCUUGGAUAACAUUGUCACUUGUGGUGGCUACUUUCUGAUGGCCAAUGUCUUUAUCAAGCAAGAAAAGAUGGAUAUUGUCAGUUCCUUAUACACUGAGGUGGCAAGUACAUGGCACUCUCACCUGACCAAACUUUUGGAGACUCAUACUCAAGGAUCCAUGACGCUGGAGCACUCUUUUGAUGAAGCUCAGCAGGCCGAAGCGGACCAGAUGCUAAGGGCCAUGCUGAAGGUUCAGGAGAGUAGCCCCAAGCAGGCUGCGGCCCAGAAUGCCCUAGUGGCCCACUCUCUGGCCAUGCUGUGGUUCCUGGGAGGUUCCCCAGACAAGGCGCUGGAGUUUGGCAGGAAGGCCCUGCAGUCCAGCCAGCUGGUCUCAGACCAUAGCCUGACAGAGCCCAUCCAGAGCCUGCUGCAGCUGGCAGCAGAGAAAGGCCCACACCCUACCAACGCAAGCUGACUGCCCGCCUGCCUGACUGCCUGUCUUCUUGACUGCGUGUCCAUCCACCAGCCGGCUACCUCCUCAGCUCAACACAAAAGAAGCACGCUCCACACAUGAAAAAAUGGGCCAUAGUAGUAGAAUCAUAACAGAAUAAAAUAUGUUGUGACUUUC